AAGGAAGAUAGUUGUUCUAGAAGAAAGACUGAGACAAAUAUCAAAAUUUGUACACGCAUAUUCCACUGGACCGAUUCGCGCAUAUCAACCACUCCUUAACGUCUUUUUGUCAUCCCAGACGAAAUCCCUAACCUGUACCGAAACCACGCCUUCUCCUUGUGCGACAGAGUUUGUCCCCAUGCACAUUCGGCACUAAAAGCGGACAAACGCCUUGGAACCCCAUGAGAUCCAACUCCUUGUCGUUCUUCCCUAGGUUCUCCUGCCUCUGGCUGUUGAUCAUUGCCUCCGAUAUUGUCAACGGCACAUUCAUCACGAAAUCGCCCGAAGAUACGAGCUUGAGCGUGGUAACACGGGGCCACAACGAACAACUGUGGUCCUUGAAAGGUGCGCCGAGGAGGUACAAGAUGAUCUUUAUGCUAGAUGAGUGGCUGUUAGUGAUCGUCACUGUAUCACCAUUCCACGUGCGGGUUCUAGGUUUCCAUCGCAUACCAUUGCGCACCCAUCCAACUUCAGUGAAUUCGAGGAGGGUAACGAUACGCGACGAAGUUCAUGGACAGAAUGGCAUUGGUGAAGAACGAUGGUCUGGCAAUCGUCAUCGAUCGCAGGCAAAGCGUCCAUGCGUGCGCGCAGGAUCACUUUCUCUGCUCUGAAUUUCAUGUCCUGUUGUAAGAGCUGCGAUGU